AUGGCGCAGGGAACUCUUCCGCGGGCGGGUGCUCACCUGCGGCGGCCGACAGCUCGCAUCCCGCGCGGGCAGGCCACGGGCAGCGUGGGCGUGUCGAUGAUUCGGGCCGUGUGCACGUUGGCACCGGUGGCGGCGUUGCCGCUGGCGGCGGCGGCGGCGGCGGGUUGGGGCGCCGCGGCGGCGGCGCGGGCGGUGGCGCGGGCGGGGGCGGCGACUGCGGUUCGCGCCAGCUGCGCCGCCACCAGCGACGUCACCAGCAGCCAGAGGCAGGCGCCCGGCCCGCCCCCUCGGCGCCGUGCCACUUCGCGUCGGCGGCUGGGCCAUCGUCGUGCGGUGGCCGGGAGCGGAGGCGCCGGCCGCGCGUGCUAUCACGAGCGGGGACGAAGCGGCGUCUUAUCUGCGAGGUCGCGCCCCACCCAGUGCCCUCGCCGCGCCGCCGAUCGACGCUUUUUUGUACGAGGCGGAAGUGUGCUUGGCCAAGGAAAGGAAGAUACUGCACAUGAAUGCUCACGUGAUGAUAAUAAUAAUAAUAAUAAUAAUAAUAAUAAUAAUAACAAUAACAAUAACAAUAACAAUAACAAUAAUAAACGUCUUUAUUAG